AUGAUGUUUCAUGUACUCCUAUAUCUUAUUUUAAAUUUCUGUUUGGUCAACGCUGUUAUGACGACUUCUUAUUCUAAAGCAAUAGGCUUGUUCACAAGUGGAACAGCGUCUUUUGCAAAGAAUUCUGGGGUGAUCAGAGUAGGUUCUAGAGAUGCGCCUCGUGAUGGUAUUAAUCCGUAUUUCGUUCCUUUGAAUUUCUACCUGUUUGACAACUAUUCUAAGUUGAAAGCGAUUUCUAGUAUACUAAAUGCUGCUGUUGAAGCUGGAGCUACCGGUGACAUAUUGUAUUUGUACAAUUACAUUGCUUUUAAUGGUGAAGAAGGGAAUGUGGCCUUAACAAAUUAUACUUCAAACUUCAAAGAUGAAGUUUGCCUAUUUUUGAAGACAUACGAAGCUAAUUCAACAUUAGAAUUAUCAGAAACUACAGCGGACAAGAAGCUAUCUACGUAUUAUAAGAAUUUCCCAGUUGGAGAUUGCGGAGGGGAUGUCGGUGGAGAUUUCAGUUCUCAUGGAUAUAAGACUUAA